AUGUCCGGUGAAUCAGUUCCCGAACUUCGGGUAGUUAGAUGCCCUAAAUGUUGGUUACUUCUUCAAGAGCCUACACGAUGUGAUUUGUACAAGUGUGGUGAAUGUGGCACUACUCUUCAAGCUAAGAAACGAACAAGUGUGACUGUGAACUCAGAAUCCAGUUCACAAGAAACUGUUGCAACUCCUAGAACUUCAUUGGACCAUGUUUCUGAGGAGAAGCAAUGUAACGAUAGAAAGCAUCUGGUUACUUCUAGGGAAUGUAGUUUGAAGGAAAAAGCAACUUCUUCUGGAGACUGCCAAGUGGAUGGAAAUACUGGAAGUGUUCAACAUGAAAACGAUGAAGGCAAUGAAGAUCAACUUGUACCGUUUAUUUUAUCAGAUGAAGGACAGGAAACUGAGCCGGAUAUCUAUAAUUUAUCACACAGAAGGCAUAGAGUGUCCACCAAAGGUUGUUCAACUUCAAAUAAGACCACUCACCCUGAGAUUGAGGAGAUAAAUGAAGGAAACUUAUCAGAAGAAUUUAAAGAGGAGUUUUUUAGUGCAUGGGAUAAAAUUACUGAAAGUGAUGGUUCAGAAGGAGUAGAAGAUUUAAAUGGUGGACACUUGUCAGCAGAGGGAGCAGAAGAGGAGUUAAGUUCUGCAUUAGAGGGAGAAGAUGCCAAUAAUGAUAAAUCAGUUCCCGUUGGUGAAAAUCUUGAACUGAAAAUCACUGAAAGCAAUAAAGCAGAAGAGUUAAAUGAUGGAAAAUUGUUCGAGGUAGCAGAGCAUGCGCCGGAUGGAGAAGAUUCCAACAAUAAUCCAUCAGCUAUAGAGGGUGCAAAUCCUGAGGUGGACACUACAGAAAGUGCUUCUACUACUAUAAGGUCAAGUACAGAGAAGGAAAACAUUUUACAUGUUACUCCUGAUAAAUUUGAAGGGCCACCUGCUAAUCUUGUAUCUUCUCAUAAACAACAGAAGCAAACUCAAAAAAGUAUUCAACGUGGCUUUGACCAUGUAAGUUCUGUGGAUAUAACAGAUACCACAGAAUUAAUUGAUCACAGUUCAGAGCUUAGUGAUAUUCUUGUUGGAAAAUUGUCCAAGUCCCCAACCGCUAGAAGGUCUCAUGCUUAUGAUGGCAGCCCCUCUUCUUAUGAUGGAAUGGAUGAGCAGUCCCCUAUCCAACGUUCAGGUUCGAUUGACAACAUUCACACCAUUGCUAAUGGUGUUUCUGAGGGAAGGACCAGAAAGAGUAAAGGUCUUGUUAAUAACUUGUUAUACAGAGACCUUGGAACACAAAGUCAAUCACAUUUGUGCAAUGCGAAGCAUCAUGCCAAAAAAGAUGGCAGGGGGAAUCAAAACAAAGUGGUGGAGGAGACUACAAGAAAUGGUCAUCGACGUUGGAUGAGCACAAAGAGAGACGAGUUUCCUCCCAAAAUGCCUUUCCAUCGAAGUGGUUCUCAUUCUUACUAUGAAAGGGGAAGCUCAUCAAACCAUAUGCAUGAUGAGAUCCACCGCAGCUCAAGCUUUCUUUCACAUGAAUCCUUUGAGGAAACUGACCAAGAGAAGAUGAAACUGUUGGGCAUGAUUCAUAAGUUGCAGGAUCAACUGAACAGGACACUCUACACGAGUGGAGAAGCAAAUGGAAGACUGUCCAAGGGAUCUUACAAGGGAAAUCAUAUUUCUGGAUACCAUAGCCAUGACUUCGAUGAGGGAAGAAGGUUUUCUCAUGGUUUGGGCUAUCCUAUGUCUAAUGGAAGAUUUAGUCAUGGAGUCAACUGGCACCAAAGGCAUAAUAAAUUCUCACGGAUACCUUAUUCAGCUGAGGCAACAAGCCAUUCACACCAUGUUGAUCAUUCUUGCUACCAUUGUCGUUCCCAAGAAAGGCAUUAUUCAGCAGAUAUUUCACCACAUGUUCAUUUCCGGCAUGAACGGUUAUACAGUUCCUGUGCAGGCCAAGAUUGUUGUUCUUUUUCUCAUCACCCGUAUCCUUCAAGUCCACAAUGGUCCACAACUUCUGAACUUCCAUCAAUGUACGGUCGUGAAACAAAAUCUGAUGAUAAGAGGCGUAGGGUUCCUGACUUAAGGAGAUAUUUAAGGGAGAAAAAGAAUUUGGUAGCUAAGAGACAUCACAGGCCAGUGGCAGGUGGAGCUCCUUUUGUCACUUGUCAUAAAUGCUUAAACCUGUUGCAGCUACCCGCAGAUUUUCUCCUUUUUAAAAGGGCAUGUCAUCAGCUGAAAUGUGGUGAAUGUUCAGAGGUGCUCAAGUUUUCACUGCAUGGAAGCCAUAUAGAUAUCUUUCCACCAAAUAAUGCUAUUGGCCCUCCAUCAAGUGAAAUUAAUGAUCAAAGCCAGGUGAUUGGUAGCAGCAGUCUACCUUCAGCAUCUCAUGCAAACUAUUACCGUUAUUCAGCUGCGGAGGCCAUUUCAUAUUAUGAUGAUUAUGGUCUUUCUAUCUCCAAAAGCUACUCCUCAGAAGGAGAGCCUAUUGCUUUGGCACAUUCUCAUCACUUACAUGGUAGUGAAUAUGAUAAUAAUCCAAGAGUCUCUCGUGGUAUAUUUGAGCCUUCAACCGAGAAAGAGAACAUUGCUCCAAGAUAUUCUAGUGCAAGGAAGAGUUUGGUGGAGCCAGUUGAAUCAGCUAUCUUUCCCAGCAAUGUGUCUAGAUCUAGGAAACUGGCAUCAGAAAUGAGGGCAAGGCCACCACCAAAAAGUUCAUCACUUCAUCUACUGAUGGGUUAUUCUUCACCAAGUCAAGUGAUAAGAGGGACUCGGACUUCUGUUGAAGGUAACUAA